GCAGCUGGAACAUGUCACCUUCUGUGGAUUUCUCAGCAAAACAAGGCUUUGAUGUAGUACUGGUCUUGCAACAACUUCAAUUUAAUAAACCUAUCCUCAUACUCUGUACCAAAACAUCUUCCAGCCCCACUGCAGUAUAGCAUCUUGCCUGGCAUGAGCCCAGGACUACAGAGCUGUAAUAAAUUAGGAGAGCUGAAUGAUAAUAAGAAGACAGAGAGAGAGACGUAGUGGAAGAUUCCCUUUUUCCUCUGCAAGGGCCAGAGGGGCUUUCCUGGGAUGAUGGUUUUGGAAUAGGUAGCAGGGCAGGCAGUUGAAGGGAAAGAGAAACACAUUCCCACACCCCCAUGCAGUCCAGGGAAGGAGCAAAGUGCAGGGAGAUAAAACAUCUCUCACCAGCUGCAUCCCUGGGGCUGUGGUGGGGAACAGCAAGUAGAAGCUGGAGACUUCAGCACAGCAAUUUUCUGCCUGUGUUUAUUGCAGAGAGAUUGUGGGCAGGAGAGGAAAUCCAGCAGGGCUCAUAAUUAAUGUAAACACAGAUCAGCCUGUGAUGUCCAGCUUGUAUGCUCAGGUACCAUCCCCUUUCCCCUGGCCCCAUUCUCCUCCAGGCUCUAGUCUGACUUUCAUCCCUUCAUCCUUGCUCUGAAAGCAAGGCUGCAGCCUAGAGAGGAUCAUAGGAAUCCUGGCACAGACAUGCUCCAAAAAAGCCCAACACAGCUGCCAGUGAGCAGGCUGCCACUGCAGAGCAAAGUGAGCCAGAGCCAGAGGGCAGGGGCAGAGCCAGAGGGCAGGGACAGAGCCAGAGACAGUGGGCUGCAAAUAGAGCAGAGGAGCUGCGGCCUCAGCAAGAUUUAAUUGGGUUUUUUUGGUGUUUAUAACUCUCUGUUUUAUGAAAAACCAUUGCAGGUGUGAGCAGGCAAGCUUUGGAAAGGACAUUGUGAACAGCUUCAUGCAGCAUCUUGGAUUUUCUCUUUACCAGCUGGACUAAAAGAAUUCAGCAGCAAAGUUGCUAAGCAGAUAUUCAGGCUGCAAAGGAAAAAUGGACACUCAGAUUACCCACCGCUCAGGGAAACAUGGAAACUUUCCAAAGGGGGAAGCCAAAGAAAGGCACUUGACAGAAGUUGUCACACCAGUGAAGCAGAAGCCCUCCAAGGAGCUGAGGCCCAUGCUGGGCGCCAUCUUGCUGGGCCUCAUCCUGUUCAUUGCUGCCGUGGUGGCCUGGUGCUACUACACGGUGUCCCUGAGGAAGGCGGAGCGGCUCAAGACGGAGCUGAUGGACCUGCGGGCGGACGGCUUCGUCAUCCGCAACCAGCACGGGGAGGUGGUGUUCCGGCUGGCCUUCCGCUCGGGCAGCCUGGACCUGGAGUCGUGCUCCAAGGAGGGCGAGAUCCUGAGCUGCUCGCGCUCCAGCCGGGGGCCGCUCAACUUCUUCAUCCAGACGGUGAAGCCCAAGGACACGGUGAUGUGCUACCGCGUGCGCUGGGAGGAGCUGGCGGCCGGCCCGGCCGUGGAGCACACCAUGUUCUGGGAGGACGCCCACUGGUACGGGGGCUCGGAGAUGAGCACCCAGCACUGGCCCAUCCGCCUGGCCGGCUACCAGGAGCCCGUGCCCUACGUGACCAGCGACGUCUACUCCUUCCGCGACAGCUUUGGCGGCAUCCUCGAGCGCUACUGGCUCUCCUCCAAGGCGGCAGCCAUCAAGAUCAACGACUCCGUGCCCUUCCACCUGGGCUUCAACGCCACCGAGCGCGCCCUCUUCUUCCAGGCGCGCUACAAGGACUCGCCCUACAAGCCCCCCCCGGGCCAGCAGCCCUUCCCCGAGCUCAGCUACCGCGUCUGCGUGGGCUCCGACGUCACCUCCAUCCACAAGUACAUGGUGCGCAGGUACUUCAACAAGCCCUCCAAGAUCCCUGCUGAGAACGCCUUCCGGUACCCCAUAUGGUCCACGUGGGCCCUCUACAAAAAAGAUAUAAAUCAGGAUAAAGUUCUAAAAUUUGCAAGAGACAUUAAGAAAUACCAUUUUAACUGCAGCCACAUUGAGAUUGAUGACAUGUACACCCAAGCCUACGGGGACUUUGACUUUGACCCUGUCAAGUUCCCCAAUGUAACAGAGAUGUUUGCAAAGCUGAGGGAAGAUGGAUUUAAGGUCACUCUGUGGAUUCAUCCUUUUAUACACAUAGAUUCUCCCAGUUAUGAAGUGGGGAUUGAGCGUCAGCUGUUCAUCAAGGAGCCAUUGGGGCGGCUGCCAGCCAUGGUGGAGUGGUGGAAUGGCAUCGGGGCCAUCCUGGACUUCACCAACCCAGCAGCCCGCAACUGGUUCCAGAGCCACCUGCGCCAGCUCCAGCACAAGUACGGCAUCUCGUCCUUCAAGUUUGACGCGGGCGAGACCAGCUACCUGCCCAAGCAGUUCAGCACCUUCCGCCCACUGUCGGACCCCAGCAUCUGGUCCCGGCGCUACACGGAGAUGGCCAUCCCCUUCUACGAGCUGGCCGAGGUGCGGGUGGGCUACCAGUCACAGAACAUCUCCUGCUUCUUCCGCAUCAUUGACCGCGACUCCGUCUGGGGCUACGAGCUCGGCCUCAAGUCCCUCAUCCCCACUGUCCUCACCAUCAGCAUGCUGGGGUACCCAUUUGUACUGCCAGAUAUGAUUGGAGGGAACUUCCUUCCCAACAAGACGGAGGGGGCAGUGGAGAUCCCUGACCGGGAGCUGUACGUGCGCUGGCUGGAGCUGUCUGCCUUCAUGCCCUCCAUGCAGUUCUCCAUCCCGCCCUGGCUCUACGACAAGGAGGUGGUGGAAAUUGCGCAGAAGUUCAUGGAGCUCCACGAGUUGCUGGUGGCUCCGCUGCUGCUGGAGCUGGCCGGGGAGGUCACCGACACGGGCGACCCCAUCAUCCGUCCCAUCUGGUGGAUCUCGCCCCGCGACGAGGCCACUCACCGGAUCGACUCCCAGUUCCUCAUUGGGGACACCCUCAUGGUGGCUCCUGUGCUGGAGAUGGGCAAGCAGGAGCGGGAUGUCUACCUGCCAGCGGGCAAGUGGCGCAGCUACAAGGGGGAGCUGUUUGAGAAGACCCCAGUGCUGCUCACCGACUAUCCCGUUGACCUGGAUGAAGUUGCCUAUUUCCUCUGGGUUUCCUAACAGGAUCCUCUUCAGUUAUGCAGUAGAGUAGUGAUGAGUUUACCAAUGGCUUUAAUGACCAGGGACUUUUAAUGAUUUCUAAUAUAGCAAUAUUUCAGAAUGAAAUUUGAAGGAGACACUGAGACCUCUGUUUGGUAUGGCAAGUGUUCUACAAUAAUUUAUUAAAAUGUAUUGGAUAGGCGUUUUUGUUACUGCAUUGUCUCAAGUGUAUUGUGCAGAAACACAGUCUCUGCUCAUAAUCUUUUCCCACCAAGAAGGUGCCAUGCAUGCUUCUGUCCAUGGCAAUUACAUGGUCUCCAUUGUUACCCAGUUUCACAGAUGAUCCCCUGGGACAUUGAGAAUUUCAUGUGCUUAGCAUAGGUGGCUGCUGCAGCAAAGUUGUUGGUGUUUUUUUCUUACAAAAAGAAGUCUGUGGUCAUCCUGAAGAGGAAGGCACCCAAUUUGCAGCCUGCAUAUCAGAUGGGAGCUGAUGCAGGAGUUAGGAGUUUGCAUUUCCCAUGGUCUGAGCUAUCUAAGCAGCAAGAGAGCUACAGCACUUGCUAGUGCUGUGGCAGCUAUUUUCCCCCUUCUAUAAAUUACUGAGGACCAUGUCCACAGUGUGCAUUCAGCUAAGUAUGUAAAAUGUGGUGAUAUCUCAUGCCAGUCAAGAUUAAAUCCUAGUACCAAGUCAUGCAAGGUUUAUACUUAGUACAAUCCAUAUGUGUUUCAGGACCAUGUCUAGGACAAAGGGUGUAAUCUGUCAGGUGCCAGGAGAGAACUUGGCUUCCUCAGAGAGUUCAGACAAUUAACAAACCAGCCUGAGUACCCAGCUGCCUCAAUUUCCCCACUGAGAAUGUUUUCCCAUCCUGUGCUAAUGUCCAUGACAGGUGGAUCCUUCUGUAUCCUUCUGCCUAUAGAGGUGACCUCUCCAGAAGGAAGGUGUCUCAGG